AUGCAUGGAGGAGAAAAAGGGCUGAAUGGUUCUGUCAAUGGAAAAGCAAACUGGAGCUCAGCCUCCUCCACACCUUCUCCAGAUCAGAGUAAGAAAACCAGCCCAAAACCAGCACUCCACCAGCUCGAGGACAAAACCAAACACACAACAAAAGACAACAAGAAGCUGUGCAGUAAACCGUCAGGCGUCUCCAUCAACAGCGACAGCCAAUCAGCAUCCAGCUCUGACAUCUCCACUGAUGCUCUCAGCAGCUCUGACUCUGAUGACCUGGAGGAUGAGGAUGAUGAAGAUGAUGAUCAGAGUGAUGACAGUGUGGACUCUGAGAAGUGUGUAAAAGAACAGAAACGGAUCCGAAAGGAUGAAAUGCACACAGACAGGAAAAAGAACUGCCACGCUUUACAGAAGCAAACACAGGAUCUUCAGAGUUCAUUACAGCUGUUGAAACACAUCCAGGCCUUCAGACCCACAGAAGAGUCCAGCAAACACACCAGCGUCAUUCAGCCCACAGGGUUAGCUGUCAGCGCUAAACCACUGGCUUUAGUGACGAGACACAGAGACACAACGUCCCAUACAGACUCAAAAACUGACACACACCCAUCAACUAUCAAUGUGUGUUCCUCUCCUACACCUCCGGCCUGCAGAUCCAGGAAUAACCUCGACCCGAGCGUUCACCACUUCAGCAAACAGGUGAUUGAAACACAGAGAGAUGGAAAGAAAAACUUCACUGAACUUCCCUCGCUACCUCAGGAUGUCAAACUGCGAAAUGAAGCACAGAGCAUCCAAAAUCUUCCAUGCGGCAAUCCAUUCCAAUCUCUUCCCACCGAGAAUCAUCAUCAUCAUCAUCAUCAUCCCGCUGAAGUACAGGACGCUCCUCUCGCCCUCAUUACCAAACCUCGCACCCAUAAACCACUGCUGGAGGCCACAAAUCCAGCAUUCAGCAGUCCCAUUAAUCUCAGUACUACAGCACGCUGCUCUGCUUUACCCAAACCUGGCCAAAAAACAGCACAGAGGAUUAUAAAGAGAGAGAGAAUCUCAUUGGUGGAGAACAUCAAGGGGGCGGAGUCUGACCUCAUGAAUAAUAAAGACUCUGAUGACUCGUUAAUGGAGGAUGAGGAUGGAAAUGACGCUUCGGAUGACAGUGUUUCAGACUCUGACAGCAAUUUAGAGAGUGAUUCUGACGAUGACGAGCUGGACACAGAUGUAGAAACGGACCGAAUGCCACUCAAAAUCAGCAAAUCCUCAGCAUCUGUGCUAGACUCCUCCCACAGCACUAGUCCCGCCCCUCUCAAUCUGCAAGUUCAUAAGACCUCCAUCACAGCCACACCCACUAUUGUGACCAGCUCUGGGAAUUCAGCCAAUCACAAUUCAUCGGUCUCGCUUUACAGUGUGGCCACACCCCCAGGUAGUAAAAGAAGAAGGGUCACAGAUGAAUCUGCAUUACGAAAACCUCUAGAAUACGGAUGGCAGAGAGAGACGCGUAUCACUAACAUGUCUGGCCGUUUGCGAGGAGAAGUGGCGUAUUUUGCUCCAUGCGGCAGAAAACUCAGACAGUACCCAGACGUCAUCAAGUAUCUGAUCAGAAACGGGAUAAGCGACAUUACACGGGAUCAUUUCAGCUUCAGUGCUAAAAUAAAGGUUGGAGACUUCUAUGAAGCCAGAGAUGGACCGCAGGGGUUGCAGUGGUGUCUGUUGAAAGAGGAAGAGGUCAUCCCUCGUAUCCUAGCGAUGGAAGGUCGUCGGGGUCGUCAGAAGAACUCUGACCCAUCAGGCGGUCCCGCUGGUCACCCAGUUCAGUCCCGCAGAAAAGUGCGAGCGGUGGACGACACUGAAGCUGAAGCUCUCAGCAACUCUGAGGCUAAAAUACUGCGCAAACUAGAGGCCCAGGAAAUUGCACGUCAGGUGGCUCAAAUGAAGCUUAUGAGGAAACUGGAGAAACAAGCUCUGGCACGAGCAGCAAAAGAGGCCAGGAGACAGCAAGCAAUCAUGGCAGCAGAAGAGCGGCGGAAACACAAGGAGCAAAUGAAGAUCCUCAAACAGCAGGAAAGGUUCCGGAGAAUCCAGCAGGUCCGAAUGGAGAAGGAACUACGAGCUCGACAGGUUUUGGAGGCUAAAAGAAAAAAGAAGGAAGAGGCUGUCAGCGCCAAAAUACUAGAAGCUGAAAAACGAAUAAAGGACAAGGAGCUGCGCAGACAGCAGGCCAUCAUUCUCAAGCACCAGGAGUUGGAGAGACAUAGACUAGAUAUGGAGAGGGAGAGACGUCGGCAGCAUGUGAUGUUGAUGAAGGCGAUGGAGGCCAAGAAGAAAGCAGAGGAGAAAGAGCGACUGAAACAGGAGAAACGAGACGAGAAACGGCUGAACAAAGAGCGCAAACUGAAGCUCAGACGUCUGGAGCUGGAAAUGGCCAAAGAACUGAACAAACCCAAUGAAGACCUGUGUCUGGCAGACCACAAGCCUCUGCCGGCUCUGUCCCGCAUCCCUGGUCUGCUGCUGCCGGGUGGGUGUUUCUCAGACUGUCUGAUGGUUCUGCAGUUCCUGCGGUGUUUCGGGAAGGUCCUGGGGUUUGACCUGAGCGCUGACGUGCCGUCUCUCACUGUGCUUCAGUCUGGCCUUUUGAAUGUGGGUGACAGCAUGGGUUUCAUUCAGGACCUGCUGGUGCGCCUGCUGUCUGCUGCCGUCUGUGACCCAGGACUGCCUGCAGGACACAGGGUUAAGACAGCUCUGGGAGAUCAUGUGAGUAGCAUCAGUCUAAACAGGGAUAAUGUGUCCGAGGUGCUGCAGAUCUAUAUGGAGGCUCACUGUGGACAGACUGAACUGAUGCCACUGGCUGAAAGCCUGAAAACCAAGGCCUUCCAGGCCCACACACCAGCACAGAAAGCCUCCAUACUGGCCUUCCUGGUCAAUGAGCUGUCCUGCAGCAAGAGUGUGGUCAGUGAGAUUGACAAAAACAUUGACAAUAUGACCAACCUGAGACGAGAAAAAAAGCUUAUCGAUGGGAGCCUGCGAAAACUGAGAAGCAUCUACGCUAAGAGGAUUGGGAGAAGAGAAAGCAGUGUUAUAGGAGAGGAGGGUCAAACCAGCGGGACUCCUGUCAACAGCCGGAAACGUAAGCGUAAAGGAGGCGAGAGUGAUGAUGAGGAGGAGGAAGAUGAAGACAGUGAUGAACAGGAGGACGAGGAGGACGAUGAGUUUGGGGUGAAGAAAGGGAAGAAAGCAGAGGCGUGUGAGGAGGAGGAUGAAGGCGAUCAAACCACAAGCGUUGAAGAGCUGGAGAGACAGAUGGAGAAGCUCAGCAAGCAUCAGACUCAGCUGCGCCGGAAGCUGUUGGAGGCGUCCCAUUCGCUGCGCUCCGUCAUGUUGGGACAGGACAGAUAUAAGAGACGAUACUGGGCUCUCCCUCAGUGUGGAGGAGUCUUUGUGGAGGCUCUGGAGAGCGGAGACGGUCCAGAAGAGUUGCAGCGAGAGCGAGAGAGGAUGAAGAACGCUCCUCUCGUGCAGGUCAAAGAAGAACCAUCAGAGGAACAAGAAAUAAAAUAUAACACCACAGAGAUAAAACAUAAUCCUACACAAGACGUAGAUUCUCUAAACCUCUUCCUGCAGAAACCCGGCUCUUUCUCCAAGCUCAACAGGCUUCUGGAAGGGUCAAAACUGAGGGCUUCAUUACCCAGCAGCCCUGAUCCUGAAGCCAACAACAGCUACCUCUCUAACGGCCGUAAUGAUCAGCUCUUUAAGGUUUUGACAGAGAGAAGUGCUCAGUGGUUCAGUCUGCUGCCGCGCUCUCCAUGUGAUGGAUCUUCUCUGACUGAAAGCUCAGUUUUAGCAUCUUCAUAUUCAUCUCUGCAGCACACAGCGCCCUCUGCUGGAGCUUACAGCACUGCGCAGAUCAACAGCUUCCCACUGGCAGCGCUGCAGAUGAAGUCUGGCGUGCCCAUAAUAGAUCUGCCAUUCUGUGCUUGGCCCAAUGGAGGUUUGAGUCCAAAUUUGUCAUUCCCUGGGGUUUCCAUGGCUCAGAUUGUCAGUGGUUUUGGUCUGCUUUCAGAGGACAAUAAAAUUCUGACAAAGAGUGAAGCUCCUGAAUCUCCAACAGAGAAAGCCCUCUCUACAUCUUCACCUGUGAUCGAGGCGGUGAAAAAUCAUGAUUAUCUGUUACCACAACCCAUUCCUGAAGAGAUGUUGACUGGCUGGUGGAAAGUGUCCUCCGUGGAGGAGCUGCGGUCCAUAGAGAAAGCGUGUCAUCCCCGAGGGGUUCGAGAGAAACAGCUUCAGAAGCAGCUGCAGAAACACAUGGACUACAUGACUCUGAUUUGCAGCAGAAACAGAGACGUGUCUGUAAUGGAGGUCUCGCAGCUGAAGCACAAUGGUUUCUCUGAGGACACGGUGCAGAGCUGGUGUGUGGAGGAGCAGGCCAUGGAGGUGGACAUCAGUGUCCUGCAGCAGGUGGAGGAGCUCCAGCACAGAGUCACCUCCGCCAGCCUGCAGGUCAAGGGUUGGAUGCAUCCAGCGCCUCAGUCCCAGAGUGAACACCUUGUAUACUACGAGCACAAACCUGAGGUUGAAAACUGCGUUGUCAACAGUGAGUGUAUGGUUGUGCGUCGAGCGAACAAUCCUCUGGAUAUAGCCGUGACACGUCUGAUGGAACUGGAGAGAAACCUGGAGCGCCGCUACCUGAAGAGCCCUUUCAGCAGCAGCAGCAGUGUGCAGAUCAGACUGCUGGAGAAUGUGGGAUCGGUGUCUGUGCCAGCGCCUGCUCCAUCACCUGCUGGAGUUCAUGCUGACCGGGCUGAAGAAGAAGUGACUCCAGGAUUGCGGCAGUGGCGUAAAGCUCUCAGCGAGGUGCGCAGCUCUAGUCAGCUCUCUCUGUGUUUGCAGCAGCUGCACAAGUCCAUCGCCUGGGAGAAAUCAAUCAUGAAAGUGUUCUGUCAGAUGUGCUGUAAAGGAGACAAUGAGGAGCUGCUGCUGCUGUGUGAUGGAUGUGAUAAAGGCUGCCACACAUACUGCCAUAAACCCAAGAUCAGCAACAUACCAGACGGAGACUGGUUCUGCCCAGCCUGCAUUUCUCAGGCGAGCUGUGAAUCCCUAAAGACCAAGAAACCCUUGAACCGUUCAGGACUGAAGAAACGGCAGAGAAAAGACUCGGAGGAUUCAGCCAACAGCACUUCCAGAAAGCAAGCGAGAGAAAUUAAAAAGAGGAAAACAGAGGAAAGUCCUUUCACAACCCCAGCGAAGCAGGAGAAACCUAAAGACGACAGUAAAGACCUGGCCUUGUGCAGAUUAUUGUUGGCUGAGCUGGAGGGUCAUCAGGAUGCCGGGCCAUUUCUGACACCCGUUAACCCUAAAUCUGUCCCGGGAUACCGCAAGAUCAUCAAGAAGCCCAUGGAUUUCUCUACUAUCAGGGAUAAACUCGCCAGCAGCCAGUACUUGAAUCUUGAGACUUUUAUUAUCGAUGUGAACCUGGUGUUCGAUAACUGCGAGAAAUUCAAUGAGGAUCAAUCAGUCAUCGGCCGAGCAGGACACGCGAUGCGGAGGUUUUUCCAGAGGAGAUGGACUGAGCUGUUGAGGAAAAACUCCCCCAGAAACAGUGUAAACUCAUGAGACUCAACACACACGCUUAUUUUUACACCUCAUUCACACACCUCACUCGCUCCAGCACAGCGACAACUAAAGGGAAUUACCCUUACACUACCUGUACAUAUGACUGUUUUUUUUUUUAAUAAACGUUAAUAUU